GCUUGUAUUUGAUGCAUUCACAAGUAAAACAAAUUGCGUAGUUUGGACGAAUAUUUCUACGAACAACUUGUAAAAAACCAUUAAACCGGAAACAGAUCUCCAGGUAUCGAUAGAAUCUUUGCGUCACACAGUGCGAUUACAUGGUUUACCUGGUUGUGUGUUUAUCCUGAUGCAGAAUGGGAAAUGGGAUGAAUAGGGUUUUACCUGGGCUUUAUGUUGGGAAUUUCCGUGACGCCAAGGACAGUGAGCAACUCAAAGCAUACAAGAUAACCCACAUUGUGUCAAUACAUGACUUUGCCAAAAAACUAAGAGACGAUAUAGAAUACAAGUGUGUACUGGCAAGUGAUACCCCAGAACAGAACCUGGCCCAGUUCUUCCCAGAAUGCAAUGAUUUUAUUCAUGAAGCUCGAGUCAAAGGAGGAAACGUUUUAGUUCACUGUUUAGCGGGCGUGUCGCGGAGUGUGACGGUGACAGCAGCGUACAUGAUGACGGUGACAAACUAUGGAUGGAGGGACUGUUUAAAUGCCAUAAGAGGAGCCAGGUCCUAUGCCAAUCCAAACUUUGGAUUUCAAAGACAGUUACAAAAUUUUGGCGUCGAAAAAUUGACAGCGGAACGUGAGAGAGUUAAAUCCAUGUAUGAGCCUGUGCCUUAUAAUGACAAUGAAGAAAUGAAGCAUCUCUUGGAUGCAUUUCAUAAGUUUGUUUUGCAUGGAGACCCAAAUCGAGAUGAUGGACUGUUAAAUCUACCUCAUAAGGCUUACAAAGACCGUCCAAAGGCAAUUCAUGUAAACUCAGACAAUGUAGAGACUCAAGGUGCGAGUAAAAGUAUGGAUGAUCAAAACAACCAGUCUAAUGAAACUCAGAACCCUCAGACUGUCAGUCAGCAAACCGAAAACAACCAGUCAGAUGACACUCAGGAAUCAGAAACUUUCAGUCCGAAAACCGAAAACAACCAGUCUGGUAACACUCAAACUGGCAGUCAACAAACCGAAAACAAGUCUGGUAACCCACAGGAACCAGAUACUGUCAGUCAGCAAACCGAAAACAUCCAGGAUAAUUUGAACUAGAAUUGAAACUAUCAAAGAAGAGCUUUAUAUUCUCGCAGGACAGGACACACCCCUCAUCCCCACCCCCAAGUAUAGACCCCCAGGUCUUUACUACUGAUUUUUCCCAUUAAAUUAGGGGUAUCCUUUUGUAACACUUGGGAAUAUUUUUCUCUCAAAAUGCUUGUUUUAGGUAAUUUUUCAGAUUGAAAGAAUAAAUUAGUUUAGAGAUGUGUCAUAAAAGGAUAAUUUAAUGGAAAAGAAUAAAGAUGCAGGGGUCUAUUCUUGAGGGAAUUGGGAGGGGGUGGGGGAGGGGGGUGUCCUGUCCUCGAGCACCUGUGUAGCUACUGGCUAGUGAACCAAGGUCCAACAAUUAGUGACUCCAGUCCCAUGCAUUAUAUUAUUGACAAAAUUUAUGCAAUACUGAUAUAACUAUGCAAUAUGAAUAGUAUUAGCAUUUACAUUUACAAAU